AAAACAUUACUACCGCGUUGGGAGAGUCAACAUUUUAAUAAUUGAAAACAUAUAUCUAACGUGAAUUACUAAUUCAUAAAAUGAAAAAUUAUUCUUUAAAUUGAAUUAAAAAUAUAAUCAAAGAAGCUAAGAAAACAGUUUAAAGUGUAUUCUUCAAUUAAUCUCGCUUACUAUUGAGGUCGCCUUUAAUGUCGAAUGGUGAUAAGUCGCAUAAGAGACCGUGAGCCACUGAUAUGUCCAAAUUACGAAAUUACUACGAAGAUUUUUAUUAAAAUGAUAUUCAGAGUGUUUUUCCUGUCAAUUAUUAUUCUAUAUUCGGUUUCAUGGAACCUAGUCGUAAUCGAUGGAGCUAAGAUUCUUGGUUUAUUUGCUCACCCCAGUGAGAGCCAUUUCGCAGUAAUGCGAAGUUUAAUGAUGGAAUUAGCAAAACGAGAACAUAAUGUUACAGUUUAUAGCAGUCACCGCCUAAAUGAACGUGUAGAAAACCUACGAGAAAUAAUAGUUGAGCCGGAAUUUCCUUUUUGGAAGCAGUUAUUAGAAGUGACUGGCAGUCAAGCAGGAGGCCUUCUUAAAGCAAGAGAACUCACUGAAUGGACAAUGCAAAAGUCGUUGGCCCAUACAGGGGCCACCGCUGUUAAUUAUUUCUUGUCAAAUGCAUCCUUAAAAAAAUUACUUAAUUUACCUAUCAACGAGUUUGAUUACGACUUGAUUAUUGUGGAUUUAUUCUACACUGAAGCCUUACUGGCAGUGGGACAUUUCUACGGCAAGCCUACAAUUGGUCUUUUAAGCACGAAUUUCGAAAAUUAUAUGGAUCGUGUGUUGGAGCAAAUGGUACCGACCACCUGUUCGCCUAUCUGUUAUGAAAACUACCAACCGGAUGCAGGUUUUUGGAAACGUUUAGGGGUUAUACGUAAUUGUUUGUCGCGCCGGAAUCAAUUUACUAAAGAUAAUUGGGGAGCACAGGAAUCGGUGAUUCGAAAACAUUUUGCACAUUUUAAAGGUGUGAGCGAUCUUAACAUCGCGACGUUGCAGACUGAAUUGUCAGUCUUGCUACUCAACAGUCACGUCCCAUUAUUAACGCCUCGACCGCUGCUGUUAAAUACCAUAACUGCUGGCGGUAUGCACAUACGACCACCACGUCAAUUACCUUGGCUUCUUCGCCGCUUCCUGGAUGAAUCGCGAGCAGGCGUCGUCUACAUGAAUCUUGGUAAUGAACAACUCUGUGCAGAUAUACCAACACAUAUAAUGCAGUUACUCCUAAACUCACUGGGCAAACGAAAAGAGCGUGUGGUGUGGACCUGUCACGAUCACUCGGCGUUGAAAGAUUUACCUGCCAAUAUAAUGGUCCAACAUGCGGUAGCACAAGCAGAUAUAUUGGCGCAUCCUCAUGUGAAUGCAUUUCUAAUGAAUGGUGAUUUACUUAGUAUGCAAGAAGGCAUAAUGCGACAUGUGCCAAUGAUUGGUGUGCCUAUAUUCCGCAAUGAAGUGCGCAACAUGGAAUUGGCAGUGCGACUCGGUGUUGGUGUUCAUCUUAACUAUGAUAACUUAACGGAGACGUCACUCAGUUGGGCGCUACAGACGAUCAAAGAAGACAGCAAAUAUCAGUUGACAAUACGUCAGGUGGCUACUACUUUCCGAGAUCGGCCGCUGGGUGCGGUGGAAACAUGCAUGUACUGGAUGGAUUAUGUACUACGUCAUCAGGGCGGAGCAGAUUUGAAAACCCUUGGUGUUGGCAUACCUUCCAGUCAAUUACACCUUUUUGACUUAUUUAUUUACUAUUUUGCGAUUGCACUAUUAAGUAUAAGCGUACUAGCUGCUGCCUUUUAUGGCAUAAUGAUAUUAAUGAGAAAACGUGAAAUAGGAAAAAUGUAUUCAAAACUAAGUUAAUAUAUUGAAACAGUUCAUUAAAUGCAAACAAAGUUAAAACUUGUUCAAAAUUGUU